ACUCCAUACAGUCAAGCACUCUCUGCUGUCUUUCUUUCCUCCUUUCUUUUCUUCUGUCUCUCUCGCUCUCUCUGGGAUCCGGUCAGCAGUUUAAAGCGGCAAAGGCAGUGCAGACCCCACAAGCUUUCCCCUUUCCUCCAUCUCUACUGAGUGAAUCCGAGGCACAUUCAGGUGUGUGCAUCUAAGGCAAGAUGCAGACCAUUCGGACCAUAGAGACGCAGCUUCCUAUGCUGCAAGAGAGCUUUCACUCGUCUCCCUUUAGAGAACGGGAUCGAGAAAGGAGAAAAAGCAGCCUCACAAACCUCAUUAGGAAACAGCAACAACUGCAACAACGUCAGCAACUGCAGAGAGAGUCCUAUCAGAAACUAGAAGAAGUUGGUGCCCCACUGGGUUGCGUUGAGCAUCCUCGGCUUGCUCGCUCAUCCAGCAGCCCAGUCUGCGAGUCAGCAGAACUAGCAGAUGUCCGAGGGAGGGGGAGAGAGAGAGAGCGAGAGAACACGAGAGAUGACACGAGAGAGGGAGAGGCGUGCCUAGAUCCGUCUUCCGCCGUGGCAUCACGGCAUGCAUCAUCGCAACAGCUGUGCCCGAGUGUGGAGAGAGGGAGAGGGAGGGGGGGAUUACAGAGGGAGGGAGAGAGAGAGAAAGGGAGCGAGGAGAGAGAGAGGGAGCAGCAGCAAAAGCAGCAGCAGAGGGAGAGCAAGCAUGAGCAAGAACGCUCUCAGCAUGGCUUGAUUGCUAAGGGGGUUCGCCUGCUGAGGAACAUGGGCAACCAGGAGGCCAAGCAGAAAAGGGCAGAGACAGUUAAGGAUGGUCUUGAUGAUAGAGACCCCGAAAGCUCAAAAAAGAGCAAGCCAAAGUCCCAGGGCAAAGCCGGAAAGUGGUCCAGCGACUCAGCCAAGAAGAAACCCAAGACGGAAAGCUCCAAGAGUUCCGUCUUCUCCAGCAUCCGCAUCCGGAAGGGGCUCUCGCGCAAGACAGUGUCUAGAGAAGAUGUGCUGGAUGAGGGAACAGGGAUUCAAGGCACUGACCGCUUCCAGUCGGCUGAUGAUUUUGAGGGUCUCAAACUUCACAGUGAUCUGGAAAGAGAUAAACUGGCAGCAGGAAGCAGGGAAUCAACCAUGGAUACCACAGAAGAAGAUGGGUCAGGGUCUGAUACAGAUCUCUACAGUUUCCACUCAGCCACGGAGGCUCAGGACCUGCUGGCUGACAUCCAGAGGACCAUCAGCCUACAUCAUCAGCCUCUAAAAGGGGAUGGCAUAGUGGGGGAGAAAGGAUGGAGGUCAGGGGACCUCACGGAUGGAGAGGGUCAGACUCAACUUGAGUGUCAAGUUGAGAUCAGGCGGGAUGUGGCGGCAGAAGGUGGACGGGACAAGAGUGAAGAUGGAUGUCAUGAAGACCAGACUGCAGUAGCUUCUUGUGCUGCAGAAACAGAUAGUAAACUGAUACCCCACUCUUAUUCAGGGGACUUUGGAGUUGGAGGAACUGAAAGUAAAACUGCACCUGCAUCACUGGAAAGUCCUAAUGGCCUUCAAAGUGUCACUAAAACUGUGAGCAACUACAGCAUCCAGGAUACCGCAACAACCAGCACGUCCUACGAGAGCGCUGAGGAGCGCUUGGGGGAGAGUUCCUCUCUGUCCUCUCAGGUUGAGGAGUAUCCCCACGGCCUGAGUCAGAGUCUGGAGGUCAGCCUAAGCUCAGCUGAGCAGCUUGGGGACCUCAGGCCUAAAGUCAGCCGAGUGAUUUUUGUGCCGCAAAAGAGUGUGAGCAGUGUGGACCUGAAUAUAGAGCGCUGUGAAGAUGAUGACAUCAGCGUGGAAGAGGAAGGGCCGGGGACGUCACUGACCCAGUGGUUGUCUGAGAGUCUUUUAGGCCCAGGGGCAUGGCCCCGGAGGACCUCCAGUGCAUCCACUGGAGUCAAACCCUACCCCACCAUCCAGCCGUCCUACGUGAAGACGACUACUAGGCAGCUUUCUUCUCCUCCACAUUCUCCUGGCCCAAGCCCCAGGUGCCUCCGUAGAGCGAGCCAAGAGCUAAGCCAGGGGUCAGUUCAGAGGUCAUUCAGAGCUGAGAAGUGGAGAGCCCAAAGACAGCGCUCUUGCAGCAUUGCAGGCACGGCAGGUUUUCACGGCAACUGGGACAGGACUGUAAAUGGGCGGUCUGAGCUUGCCGAAAGGGGGUUCCUGACCCUCGGACCCCACCGGGUAUCCUCCUGUUUCCAGGCAAACUCUGGAGCCUCAUUUCAGGAUGUGUUUUCAGGCCGCACUCUGUUAGAGCGGUGUUGUAUGCUGUCAGGUGCUGGUGAGGAUGAUGACGAUGAUGAAGCUGAGAGGUUUUGCUCACGGAUUCUGGCUCUUGGGAUUCUGCAGCCCUUCAGUGACUGCUUCAGGGAGCCGACCACAGGAAGUGAUGCAGCCAGCAAACCCGCUUUCAAUAAGGAGCAGUUGUACACUUGGGCUCCACUGGGUCACCCUGAGGCAAGAACACCCGGAAGAUUACAGACCCUGUGGCCCCCAGCGUCCAGUACAUCUGAGAAUGAAUCCACUCCAGGAUCCGGGGCUGUUUCAGAUGGGAAUUCCGCAUCAAUCAAGCAACUGGAGCGGACGAUCAAGGAGUUACAAGAGAAGAUAAGCCAGCUGGAGAAAGAUCUCGAACCUUCAUGUACCUCAGAGGAGAGAGUGGCAGCAAAGACAGAAAAUGGGUUGAGCCUCAACCUCGGACAUGUGUUCUAUAAGGCUAACGGACAGAAGUCUCCGCGAGAGGCGAAAUCGGUCCAAACUUCUCCGGUCAAGGAGGCCUUUCAUUCCGCAGUGCCUUUAUCCAACCAAUCACGGACUAUGACUGAUGGUGCCACUUCACCAAUGACACAAUCCUAUGUAUGCACUUGCCAAAGGCUACAACGGGAUCAGCCUGCGCUACCACAAGCCCCGCCCCUUUCUGCUCCCCCGCCUCCUCCACCUGCACUGACUGGUUCAGGUGUAUCCUCAGGCCCGCCCCCUCCCCCUCCCCCUCCUCCUCCUCCUCCUCCUCCCCCACCAUUGGCACCAGGGGUGUCAGUACCACCCCCACCACCACCACCACCUUUACCCGGGCAUAGUCUGUGCCCACCUCCCCCUCCUCCAGGGUUUGGACCCCCACCUCCACCUCCUCCUCCUCCAGGCUUUGCACCUCCUCCUCCUCCUCCAGGAUUAGGACCACCACCACCUCCUCCUCCUCCUCCAGGAUUAGGACCACCACCUCCUCCUCCCCCUCCGGGUUUCGGACCGCCACCUCCACCUCCAGGUCCAGCAGGUCCCCCUCCGCCCCCUCUGGGUUUGACGUCGCUGGGCAUGGUUCAGGAAGCCACCCCUUUGAAGGCAGUCAUAGAGCCUCCACGGCCCAUGAAGCCUCUGUACUGGACCAGAAUACAGCUGCAUGCCAAAAAAGAGCCAAACACUCUGCUGGUGUGGGAGAAGGUGGAGGAGCCACAUGUGGAUUUUGAGGAGUUUGUGGAGCUGUUUGCCAAAAGUGCAGUGAAAGAAAAGAAGAAGCCCAUUUCUGACACCAUUACCAAGUCAAAGGCCAAACAGGUGGUGAAGUUGUUGAGUAAUAAGCGAUCUCAGGCUGUCGGGAUUUUGAUGUCCAGUCUGCAUUUGGAUAUGAAAGACAUUCAGCAUGCCAUCCUGAACAUGGACAACACUGUGGUGGAUCUGGAGACGCUUCAGGCUCUGUUUGAGAACCGUGCUCAGAAAGAGGAGAUGGAUCAGAUCGAGAGACACAUCAAGUCCAACGCAGAGAAGGAGAACGCCAAACCUCUGGACAAGCCUGAACAGUUCCUGCUGCAGCUGGCGGAGGUCCCUCAGUUUUCUGGGCGUGUUUUCUGCAUUCUGUUCCAGUCCACCUUCACCGAGUGCAUCUCCAACGUCCAGCGCAAAAUCCACCUGCUGCAGCGGGUCUGCACGACUCUGAAGUCUGGUGAAGGUGUUCUGCAGGUUCUUGGGCUGGUUCUGGCAUUGGGCAACUUCAUGAACGGAGGGAACAGGAGCAGAGGGCAGGCGGACGGCUUCACUCUGGACAUCCUUCCUAAACUCAAAGACGUCAAAAGCAGUGAUAACUCCCAGAGUCUUCUGUCCUUCAUUGUUGCUUACUAUCUGCGACACUUUGAUGAGGAUGCAGGUAGAGAGACUUGUGUGUAUCCACUCCCGGAGCCUCAGGACCUUUUCCAGGCAUCCCAAAUGAAGUUUGAUGAUUUUCAGAGAGAUCUACGCAAACUACGUAAAGACCUUAAUGCCUGCUCGUCUGAGACGGUGAAGGUGUGUGCUGCGUCCUCAGAGGAACAUCUGCAGCCGUUUAAAGACAAAAUGGAGCAGUUCCUUACUCGGGCCAGAACUGAACUGGAGGACCAGGAAAAACAUCUGGCGGACACUCAGAAGAGCUUUGUGGAGCUGAGCUUGUUUUUCUCAGUGAAGCCUAAGCAGGGGGAGAAGGAGGUCUCUCCAAACACCUUAUUCUCCCUGUGGCACGAGUUCUCCACCGACUUUAAAGACCUGUGGAAGAGGGAGAAUAAACUUCUGCUGAAGGAACGGCUGAAAGCUGCAGAGGAAACAAUCAAACAGGCCAGAGAGAAAUCCGCCUACAGCGUCAAACCCAAGCACGCUUCUGGAAUAAAAGCCAAACUGGGGCAGAAGAUGUGAAGCAUGGCCAUGUGGAGGAGUGUGGUGGCCAUUCAGGACUCUGGCUCAUGCACAAUGUAAUGUCCAUCACAAUCAGAACGACUGUUUUAUAUCUGCUGAAGUAGCAGUGGACUCUUCUCAAACCUUUUUUUAUGUCUGAACUCAUUGUACCGGUGUUUUAACUGAACCUGAGAAAGUGGAUGGCAGUUCACAUUGCAGUUAGGGAUGCACCGAAAUUUCGCUCACCAAAACAUUUCCAGCCAAAACUGGUCAGAAGUGACACUUUUGGAAAUUUUUGCUGAGUAAAAAGUAUCAAAUACAAUGAAGCAUCAGAAUCAAACAAAUAAUGUAAUGGUAAUAAAUUAUAAAUAGCAAUAAAAAAAAACGCUUGUUUUCUGGUCAACAAAGAUGCAUUCCAACAGUUUGAGCAGCAGCAGAUCAACAGUGAAACACAAACACUGUAGCUUAGGCCUGAGUUCUGUACGCUCUUUAGCUUCCAUGCUUUUAGCCUUGAUUGACAAAACAAAAUUUAAUGGAAAUCACAUAAAUAAUAUUGAGUAACUAAAAUCUGUGGUAACUCUCGUUUUUAAAUUGUUAUUACAAAAUACGUGCUUUGGUUAGAUCCUGCUAGUGUGGGUUUCUGACUGUUUCCUCUCUAAAUGAAGCUAAAGCGACUUGCGUGCUAACAGCGCCACCUGCUGGAGAAGCGCAAGACUGCUAGGUGAAAGCUCCGAAGCCACGCC